GUUCAAUUGAUUCGAUUCAGAGAAUAAAAGAAAAAAUUAAUAACCACAUAAAUAUCAAACUCUACGUUAUCGCAAGCUCGAUUUGUUUCUGUUGCAACUUUCUCCACUCUGACCGAUCCGAUUACCUGUAUACCCAUGUUAUACCCGAGUAACCCGAUCGGAGUAAAUUAUGUAAUGUAAAACUACGAGGAAAGAAAAUUCGAUCAAAGAUUUUCUCAUACACGUAUAACACCCAUGUAACGACCGAAUUAAUUACGCGGUCAAAGACUCGAACGACCGAACGAUACAUCCGAAACCGCACGAGUAUUGAAAUAAGGUUUUUUAUUACGGUUUUUACACCAAAAUUGCUUUUAGGAGGAAAAAAGGCAAUCACCCACUGAAAUCAGAAGAAGUUCGAAAAAUAAAAACAGAGUUCGUCAUCUUCAAGACACUCUGAAAUAUUAUUCGCGUUACGAUUCGUGAUGUGUUCCAGAAAACUGGUUUUUCAAAUAUGAUGUACGGGUGUUUAUCACGGUAAUUUUUUUGUAAUAUGCCUCGGAGAUGAAAGAUGAUCGAUACAUACAUCCUAUCUACGCAUUAUAAAUAGAAGACUAAGUAAUUGUAAAAAUUAAAUAUCCGAUUAAAUUUGUCGAAGAAUUAAAGACGAAGAAAAAGAAGAUUUCGACGAAUCUACAGCAUUGCAGAUGCUGUAGAGUAACCAGUUUCCUCCGAACGUAUAUAAGUGCGAGUCCCCGACCGUGUUUACCGUAGAUUGCUAAAAGCUGCGAAGAUUUCGGGGUGAAAUAAUACAGGUGUGGUGUAGCUCUCGGUACAGCCGACCGAUGACCUACUGACAGAAAUUCGAAAAUGACGUUGCUUCCACCGACUGUUAAACAACAGGAGCGUAUAGAUCGGGAACUGAGAUCGGAUCCGGAAAUGACACGUCGUGACGUAAUCAGUCUCAGAGAAUGGCUUAAAAAACAGCCUCAUUUACCGCAGCACAUAGACGACGUGAGGUUGGAGAGAUUUUUAUUCGGGUGCAAAAAUAGCCUCGAACGUGCGAAACAGUUAAUCGACAGAUAUUACAGCGCGCGAACCGCCCUUCCGGAAUUUUUCGCGGCGAGGGAUCCCCUCUCGAACGAUAUACAGGAAUGCUGCAAAGUCGUACAAUACUUCCUGCUGCCUUCUCUGACUUCGGAAGGCUACAGGGUGACGGUGCUGAGGAUAGUCGACACCAGAUUGGAGAAAUUUUCCGUCGAAGCCAUAACGCGACGCAUAAUGAUGGUACUGGACUCCCGACUGAACGAGGAAGUCUGUCUAUCGAACGUCAUGAUUAUAGAUCUCCAGGGUUUUAGUGCGGGUCACGUAGCGCGUUGCAGCCCAACUCAAUCGGUGAUGCGCCGAGCAAUGGUGGCUGUUCAAAACAGCAUGCCUUUCCGAUUAGCCCGUGUCCAUUACCUCAACACACCGUCCUUCGUCGGAAAUAUUAUAACCGUUGUUUACCCACUGCUGAAGGAGAAGCUCAUCGACAAGUUUCGCUUCCACGUCGGAGGUGGCGAAGAAUUGCACCCGUACAUCGAUAAGGAAAUCCUCCCCCAGGAAUGGGGUGGAAAAGCUGGGACGUUCCGCGAAUUGAACGAUGCAUGGAAGAAAAAAAUUGAAAAAAAUAGAGACUGGUACUUGCGAGAGGAGAAGAUAAGUCGGACAAAUGAGAGUUUGCGUUUACCGAAUUCGAAAUCGUCGAUCGUUUCCGAUUUGAGCGGAAUUCAAGGAUCUUUCCGAAAACUAACCAUCGAUUGAAGUAUUUAUUUUUUUGCAAACGAAAAAUCCUCUCAUUUUUUAACUCACUAACCGAAUUAAACCUACACAAGAACGCUUGAAGUGUUUUCUAGUUUCAUAAUUUUUAACUCAAUUACGUAUCUACUUACAACCGUAUCAAAUAUUUUAAUUUAUAGCUGUGUAUUUCUGAGAAAUUUUUUUAAUAAAAACGUUUCGUACAAAAAA